GGAGUUUGGGUCGCUUGCAGUUCCUGCAAGCUGUGGUGGUGUGUGUUUAUCAAUUCAAACGCUCUCAAGUUAUUCUGUUCUGUGUUAAUCGGUGAUUUAAUUACCCUAAAAAAAUUGGCAAAAUCGUCUUCUGUAAACCCUGACAACCAGUGAUUAAAUCGCGAAAUCUCUCAAAAUGGCUCUGUCCGAGUGUUACGGGAUGAUAAAGUACCUUCUCGUCUUUGUGAAUCUCAUAUUCUGGGCUGUUGGGCUUGCCGCCGUUGUUUUGGCAGGAUGGAUGCUAACAGACCGAACAUUCCUGGUGUCCUUAUCAGAAGAGGAACAUCAUUUCAACAUAGGACUCUAUAUUCUUCUGGGUGCCGGAAUUUUAAUGCUAGUUGUGGCUUUCAUGGGAUGUUGUGGAGCCUUUAAGGAAUCACAAUGUAUGCUCGUCACCUUCUUCAGUUUGCUCUUGGUUGUAAUUGUUGCACAAAUUGCCGCCGGAGCUUGGCUCUACACUAAUAGAGAACGAUUGGAUGAUCUGGUUAGAAAAUCAUUCGCCGAAACUGUAAAGGAGGAAUAUGGCAAGCUUGAAUUUGAAGAUAGGACUGCAAUUGUCGACACUGUUCAACAUGGCUUCUCCUGCUGUGGAGCUUCUGGACCCUCAGAUUGGGCUGCGAGUAGAUAUUCCAGAGACCAUCCAAACGAACACAUGAGCUUUUCAGUAUCUGCUGAUUCCAAAACCUACAAGAUUCCAGAAUCUUGUUGCAAAAGUAAAGGCAGUUCGGGAUGUCGUAGCGGAAUUCUCACCAGUCUUGGCGCUCAAAUCAGUCCCGAAGUUUUUCAGGAUGGCUGUAUGGACAAACUGGUGGAGGCUCUCAAAUCGCAAGGAAUAAUAAUCCUCGGUGUGGCAAUUGGAGUUGGAGUUUUGGAAUUUUUGGGUCUGAUUUUCUCCCUGAUUCUUUGCUGCGCAAUCGGCUCUUCGGAGAGAUACAAAGCCUAAACUUGUUCUUAUUUUUGUGUGCCAAAAUUUACCGCAACCCAUACGUGUCGUAGCACUGUACAAACUGUAAAAUCUUCGUGCUCUCCUCGACUUUAAUUUUUCGUGCCAAGAUCCGAGGACAGGAAUUUACUGUCUUGUCCUCCUCUCGAGAAAAAUCAAUCCUCUUUUGAGAAUUAAGCGAGGAUGGAGGAGAUGGUACGAGCAAAAACUGACUAACAAUGGCAACAAAGUGGAUUAUUGACCGAGAACGAGUUUUUUCAGUACCUCACACUCCAAAGAAAAGUUUAACAUUCGCAGAAGAAAAACGUGGAACAAGUAGUCUCGAGGAAUUUAAAUAAAGACUCGAGUCGAGGAUUAGAAAGACUGACUGGGACCUGAAAAACAAAAAACAAAAGAAACAAGCAAAAAAUUAAAUAUUUAUCUCCUGCGACUUAAGAGUUGCCCAGGAAUUGAUUCAAUUUCUUGAAAAUAUUUAAAUAAAAAUAAAAAUAAAAGGUCGCGUCACACAAUGGGAGAAAACUGGAUUUUUAUAUAAAUUAGAUAGUGAUCCCUCUUGGCUGGUUGAAUAUAUUUUUUUGUUUUCAACCUAAAACUGUGCAAAGAAGGAAAGUCAAAAAAAGGUAUUUUCAAUGAAAUCAUGUUUUUUAUUUGGAAAAAUAAGUGAGAGUCGAUCAGAAUUAAUGCAUAUACACUAGAAGAAGAUCAUUAAUGAUUUUUUGAAUUAACCUAAUUGUUACGAACAAAUUAUGUGUAUAUUUACACAAAUUUGAGAAUCUUAA